AUGGACUAUAAUGACCCCAUAAUAAGUCAUUUCAGAGGUGAAAAUCCGGUCAGUAAAGAACAAUUAUCAGAGCUUGUCGAGCAACAGAAACGUAAAGUUUCGUCGUCUCCUCGCAAAACUGGGAGACACCGAGGCUCUGGACACGAGGAAAAGAGUCUGCGACGCUGCGAAUCCGCUCUUUCCAUUUUCAACGACCUUAUCAAGCUCCAAUUUCUAGUACACAAAUCAUGGGAUCUGCAGGCACUUUCCAAAAGCGUUCUACUGAGAUUUGGCAUUCAAACAGGUUCCAUUCCGACACAGGACCCGAAAAUGGACCAUGCAGAGCAGUUUUAUCGAGAAUUGGCGCUCAAAACCAUCACACGUUGUGGGAAAUUGUCGGAAGCUAUUGAAAAUCUAGCUUCAGAUUCCCAGCGUAUUCGCGAAUAUCUCGACGCUCAGACUUCCACAGAUCCAUCUGCUUGUAUGGAGGACUGUACUUGUCUGCUGCUCGAAAUUUGGUUUCUUUGCGGCAAAAAUAUGCGGUCUCUCAAGCGAAAUAUAGCAGAAUUGUUCAUCAUGGCGAAAUUGCUUCUCAUCGACUGCGAACUUGAGGGCAUGAAGUCUUUGGCUAGCGAAGACGGAUACGGCACUUUACAAGAAACCGUUGUAUCUUACAGGUCGUUCAUCAAGGUUCUAUUACAACAAGUGCAAGACGCAGCUGUCAAUAAUGACCAAGCAUCCUUCGAGGAAUGUCUCCAAGUUUUCCUCGAUGUCGAAUCCAUGUUCAACGCCAUGAACUUCAGCUACUUACUUUACGAAACACAGCAAACGGCGUCGGAAUCUCAAAUGACGCCAAGCUCAAAAUCUAACAUUGUUCAGGAGGCAACUGAACUGCGGGACAUGUCACAAUUCGCCGAUGAUGGCAUAGAAUCUUCGGUUUCAUCCAAUGAUGAAAACGAAUUUGCACACCUUUUCUCUCAACCCGCCAGUACAUUACCGGAUCGUAGAAUGUCCGAAACCUCUAAUUUAUCAGUUUCUCUGAUGAUGGAAAAAACGUCUCUAAAGCGAGAACUGCCAAAACUUCUGCAAGCAUUUGAUGAUGCGAAAAGAUUAGAGCAAGAGCUGGAAAAUGCGCGAGCUGCUAAAAAUGGUCACUCGGGGCUUGCGUCGUCCACUUCGUCUUUAAACACAAACACAGCUUCAAUGUCCUCUUCCAUGUGGUCCCCUUCAUCCAGUUUACUAAUGGGAUCAACCUCGAGAUUGAGCCACGAUCUGAACAAUUCUGUUUUCUCAACAAGUAGUUCGGCAGAAUCAGAAGAUGAAUCUAAAGCGGCUGACUGGUCGCUGCAAAAAAACAAAAACAUGCCUGUAAGCUUAUUUCCUGCAGAUGGGUUUCCCAAUUCGCUGCACAGAGACAACCAAAGCAUCUGGCAUUCGAUACCACAACCCUCAUCGUCUCUCCGACACACUCGUGGUGCUCCGGGUUUCAGUAGUAACGUUCUGAACAACCUUUACGGAUUAAGUGGUAAACACUCGCAAGGUGGUUCGAACUAG